ACCUGUGGGAAGAUGGUUUGAAGCAUUUAUUAAGAGGAGAAACAUAAAUGUUUCUGCCUCUUUCCAAGAACUGGAGGAUGAGAAAGAGCUCUCUGAAGAGUCAGGGGAUGAAGAAUUGCAGCUUGAGGAAUUUCCUAUGUUAAAAACACUUGAUCCAAAGGACUGGAAGAAUCAAGAUCACUAUGCAGUUCUUGGACUGGGACACAUAAGAUACAGGGCCGCUCAGAAACAAAUCAAAGCAGCCCAUAAAGCCAUGGUUUUGAAACAUCAUCCAGACAAGCGAAAAGCUGCAGGGGAGCAGAUAGGUGAAGGUGACAAUGACUAUUUUACCUGUAUAACUAAAGCUUAUGAAAUUUUGUCUGAUCCUGUGAAGAGACGAGCAUUUAACAGCAUAGAUCCUACUUUUGAUAACUCUGUACCUUCUAAAAGUGAAGCAAAGGAAAAUUUCUUUGAAGUUUUUUCACCAGUUUUUGAAAGGAAUGCCAGAUGGUCAAAUAAGAAAAAUGUUCCUAGACUGGGGGACAUGAACUCUUCAUUUGAAGAUGUGGAUGCAUUUUAUUCAUUCUGGUAUAAUUUUGAUUCUUGGAGAGAGUUUUCUUAUUUAGAUGAAGAAGAAAAAGAAAAAGCAGAAUGUCGAGAUGAGAGGAGGUGGAUAGAAAAACAGAACAGAGCAGCCAGAGCACUGAGGAAAAAAGAAGAGAUGAACAGGAUAAGGACAUUAGUUGACAAUGCAUACAGCUGUGAUCCUAGAAUAAAGAAAUUCAAGGAAGAAGAAAAGGCAAAGAAAGAAGCAGAAAAGAAAGCAAAGGUAGAAGCAAAACGAAAAGAACAGGAAGCAAAAGAAAGACAAAGACAAGCAGAAUUAGAAGCAGCACGGUUGGCUAAGGAGAAGGAAGAGGAAGAAGUUCGACAACAAGCAUUGCUGGCAAAAAAAGAAAAAGAUAUACAGAAAAAAGCAAUUAAGAAGGAAAGGCAAAAAUUGAGAACAACAUGCAAGAACUGGAAUUACUUUUCUGAUAAUGAGGCAGAGGGUGUUAAAAUGAUGGAAGAGGUGGAAAAGCUUUGUGAUCGUCUUGAACUAGCAAGUCUGCAAUGCUUGAAUGAAGCACUUACAUCCACGACAAGGGAAGGAGGAAAGGCUGCUGUAGAAAAACAGAUAGAAGAAAUAAAUGAACAGAUCAAGCAAGAAAGAGAAGAAGCAGAGGCUCGUUUGCGCCAGGCAACGAAGAGUUCAGAGAGAUCAACAAGCGGUGGCGGAGGUGGAAGUAAAAAUUGGUCAGAAGAUGACUUACAGUUAUUGAUUAAAGCUGUGAACCUCUUCCCUGCUGGGACUAACUCAAGGUGGGAAGUUAUUGCCAAUUAUAUGAACUUGCAUUCUACUACUGGAAUAAAACGAACAGCAAAAGAUGUCAUCAAUAAAGCAAAGAGCCUCCAGAAACUUGACCCUCAUCAAAAGGACGACAUAAACAAGAAAGCUUUUGAUAAGUUUAAGAAAGAGCACGGAGUGGUACCUCAGACAGAGAGUGCUGCACCUUCAGAGCGAUUUGAAGGACUAGUCACAGAUUCAGCCCCUUGGACUACAGAAGAGCAAAAACUUUUAGAACAGGCUUUGAAGACGUAUCCAGUAAAUACUCCUGAAAGAUGGGAAAAAAUAGCAGCUGCUGUCCCAGGCCGGUCAAAAAAAGACUGCAUGAAGCGCUAUAAGGAACUUGUUGAAAUGGUUAAAGCAAAGAAAGCUGCCCAAGAACAAGUGUUGAAUGCUGCUAAAGCAAAGAAAUGA